CUUGUCAGAAGCAGAGUUCUUUGGAAUUCUUUCUUCGUUCUUGAGGCCAGCAAGCACACUCCAAAGACAAACCAGAACCUACCUAAAAACUUCACUUAAAAGAGAACCACAAGACCCUACAAGAUAAUGCAAGAAUCUUUAGCUGAACCAGAACCAGGGGAUGAAGUAGUGAAACUCAAGCUCUUCCUCAGUUAUGGCACUCUCUAAGCUUCCUCUCUCCACUAUCUUCUUCUUGUUGUGCACUUCGCUUUUUACAAUAUCACAAGCUUUAUCAUCGAAAAUAGCAGUGGCGCAAAUCAAGGACCAACAAGAUAAUGAGCCGUUUGUGGGAAUCAACAUAGGAGUAGAUGUGUCCAAUCUAAUGUCAGCAACAGAGCUUGUUUCGCUUCUACAAUUUCAAAAGGUUACACAUAUCAGGCUUUAUGAUGCCGACCCUGACAUGCUCAAGGCCUUGGCUAAAACCAAGAUCCGGGUCAUUAUUAGUGUCCCAAAUAAUCAGCUUCUUGCUAUUGGCUCCUCUAAUGCAACAGCAGCUUCUUGGAUUGGUAAAAAUGUUGUUGCUUAUUAUCCACAAACUGUAAUUUCUGCAAUUGCUGUUGGUGAUGAAGUUUUGACUACUGUACCCUCUUCAGCCCCUUUGCUUGUGCCAGCUAUUGAGUCUCUUUAUAGUGCUUUAGUGGCUGCAAACUUGCAUAAUCUGAUCAAGAUUUCAACUCCACAUUCUGCUUCAAUAAUUCUUGAUCCAUUUCCACCUUCCCAGGCUUUUUUUAAUCAGAGUUGGAGCUCCGUUAUGCAACCUUUGCUUCAGUUUUUAUCAAAAACUGGCUCUCCUUUGAUGAUGAAUCUUUAUCCUUACUAUGUGUUUAUGCAAAAUAAAGGAGUGGUGCCGCUUGAAAAUUCUUUGUUUAAGCCCUUGACGCCGUCUAAAGAAAUGGUUGAUCCUAAUACUUUGUUGCAUUACACUAAUGUUCUUGAUGCUAUGGUUGAUGCUGCUUAUUAUUCGAUGAAGAAUUUUAAUUUUACUGAUGUUGCGGUUCUUGUUACUGAGAGUGGUUGGCCUUCAAAGGGUGAUUCGAAGGAGCCUUAUGCUACAAUAGACAACGCAGAUACUUAUAAUUCUAAUAUGAUUAAGCAUGUUCUUGAUCGAAGCGGGACUCCUUUGCACCCGGAAAUCACUUCUAGUGUGUACUUAUAUGAGUUGUUCAAUGAGGACUUGAGGUCACCACCGGUAUCAGAAGCAAAUUGGGGAUUGUUUUAUGCAAAUGCGACGCCAGUUUAUUUGCUUCAUGUAUCUGGAAGUGGGACUUUUUUGGCUAAUGAUACCACCAACCAAACAUAUUGUAUUGUUAUGGAUGGUGUUGAUUCAAAGACAUUGCAAGCAGCAUUGGAUUGGGCAUGUGGACCAGGACAGGCUAAUUGCAGUGAGAUUCAGCCAGGGGAGAAUUGCUACCAGCCUAAUAAUGUGAAGAACCAUGCCUCUUAUGCAUUUGAUAGUUAUUACCAGAAGGAAGGAAGGGCUGCUGGGUCCUGUGAUUUCAAGGGUGUAGCCAUGAUCACCACUACUGAUCCAAGUCAUGGAAGCUGUAUAUUUCCUGGAAGCAAGAAAAUAACGAAUAAGACGAGGACGGUAGUGAAUACAACCACGCCAAGCAAUGCAGCAGGUGGUUCAAGAUUAAUCAGCUUCAGAAGCAGUAGAAUUAGUGCAAUGGACAAGGCAUUGCAAGCUUUCUUGACUAUAAUUUUCUCUAUUUUGUUACACAUUCCUUUUGUGGUGUCUUGAGGUGUAAAAGAAAACAAUUUUUUGUAACCUAAUAGUGUUUGAUUCGUUGAUGCUGAUUGACUCUUGCUGUGCUAGGCUGUGUUUAGUCCAAGAAUCGUUCAAGCAAAGACUCACUUGAGUUGACGGAUCAGGUAGGAUCCUCUUCGUGAGAGGAGUAAAGUAAUGACAAUUUUUUGUGGGCUCUUCUAUGUAAUCAAUAAAGGGAGCUAAAAAGUUGAUUAGUACA